AUGUCACAGAGGGAACCAAGCGGCCCCAGUAAAGCAGACCCCCCCGAAGAGAAAAUAGAGGCAAGGCCUUAUUCUCCAAUAUACCCUAAAUUGGACGUCACACCUCCCCCAUAUCCGACAGUACAAACACAGAUGCCUCUUAUGUACGUCCACGAAGGAGUAAUGGACAUGUCUGAGGUAGGAGGUGAAGAAUAUAGAGCAGUGAGACACCGAUUGAGAGCAGUAGGACAGGACGGUAUUGCCACCAUGAAGGAACUGACGAGGCAAAUUGAGGAGAGCAUAGUGGAAGCAAAGGAAGAGACAAGCAGGGUAAUAGGGGAACAUAUUGAGAGCAGGGAGAGGCAGAGACAGGGGAGACCGUUACUUAUGGAACAGCCGAAAGCCCAAUCCACCCCAGUUGAGGGACCAGGGUGGGGAACAAAAGAACCACACCUAUCUAGUCAGCAAGGAGAGGAGGGGUUCGCAGACAGACAUCAUAGACAGUUGACAGAGGAAUUGAACAGGGGACAAGUGGCGGUCAACCAGGGCACCAGGGCACCCCCACCUCAGCCAGCAGGACCAUCCUUCCAGGCCCUGUAUGCACCAGUAGCCCCUGCACAAGGGCAGUAUCCCCAGACUAUGAUGGGGGAAAAGGGGUAUGACUACUGCAAGGGUCCGAGGACUCAGGAACAUGUAGGGUUGGCAGAUCCCUACAUUCCAAAUGGUUGGAGCUGUAAAGGGGGACCCCGAGAGGCAGAGCCCGCCUACAACAGACUGGGUCCUACUGAAAGUCAUCAAGCGGAAGUGGUCAGAGCCAAGGUGGACCGGACCAUUCAAGGUGGUGGAAAGGACAUCGCACGCACUCAGGCUGCAAGGAAAGGGAGACAGCUGGUAUCACUGGAGCCAGUGUGCUGCCACAGACCCUCCAAUCAGGACUUUAGAUCAGAUAAGACAAAGGAGGAAUUGAUUGUCACCGCAAUUGAAGGAAAGGUUCCUCCUCCUUACCAGAUGCCACAGUUGGAGAUGGAAGUGAUGGCGUUGGUGGCGGGGGAAGGAUAUCGUCUUACUGGUUUACCUCCCAGACCCCAGAGGAUGAAGGAAGAGGAGGAAGAGGAGGACGGAGCAGAGUCUCUAAUAUCCAACUGUCUGUCUAUGAAGAGUGACUGGUCUAAACCUGAACCUCCAUACUUCAGUAAUGAACCUGGACCCUCAGACACAAAUGUUACUGGUUUACCUCUCAGACUCCAGAAGAUGGAGGAAGAGGAGGAAGAGGAGGAAGGAGCAGAGUCUCUAAUAUCCAGCUGUCUGUCUAUGAAGAGUGACUGGUCUAAAGAACAUCCUCCAAAGUUCAGUAACGAACCUGGACCCUCAGACACAAAGAAGAGGAGGGCUGUUUCUGUGGAGGAGCAGCUGUCCUGCUGUUCUUUGUGUCAGGACAUCCUGAAGGAUCCAGUCUCUACCAGCUGUGGACACUGGUUCUGCCGACAGUGCAUCACCUCAUACUGGGACCAGUAUGCUUCAUCAGGAGACUUCUCCUGUCCCCAGUGUGCAGAAAGAUCCAGAACCAGACCUGGACUGCAGACAGACAGUCAGACCAGCACUGUACAAACAGAAAGUGGUCUGCAGGAGGUUUUAGGUGAACAUCAGAUCAGUCUGAGCAGCACAUGUGAAUGUGUGACUCAAGGAACUGAUGAAGCAGGAAGUGAAAUCCUCCUCAUCAGCAUCUUCACUGAGGUCUACAUCACAGAGGGACAGAGGGAAGAGGUUAAUACCCAACAUGAGGUGAGGCAGCUUGAAACAGCUUCCAAGAUGAAGACCCUCCAUGACGCUCCAAUCAAGUGUCAGGACAUCUUUAAAGUCUUACCUGACCAACAGAAACACAUCAGAGUGGUUCUGAUGAACGGCGUCGCUGGUGUUGGAAAAACCUUCUCAGUGCUGAAGUUCACUCUGGACUGGGCACAGCGCUCCGAAAACCAAGAUAUCAGUCUGCUGAUUCUGUUCUCGUUCAGGUCGCUGAACUUGAUCAAAGAUGAACAGUACAGUCUGCUCAUGCUGAUCCAUGUUUUCUAUCCAACAUUACAGAAGCUCACAGCAGAGAAGCUCGCUGUCUGUAAAGUUUUGUUCAUCUUUGACGGCCUGGAUGAAAGCAGACUUUCACUGGAUUUCAACAACAGUGAGGUCGUGUCUGAUGUCACACAGAAGUCAUCAGUCAACGUGCUGCUGACAAACCUCAUUAAGGGGAAGCUGCUUCCAUCUGCUCUCAUCUGGAUAACUUCCCGACCUGCAGCAGCCAAUCAGAUCCCUCCUUCAUGUGUGGACAGGGUAACAGAAGUACGAGGCUUCACUGACGCCCAGAAGGAGGAGUACUUCAGGAGGAGAUUCAGUGAUGAAGAGCAGUCCAGCACAAUCAUCUCACACAUCAAGACAUCCAGGAGUCUCCACAUCAUGUGUCACAUCCCAGUCUUCUGCUGGAUCACUGCUACAGUUCUGGACCACAUGUUGACUACAGAGUCGAGAGGAGAGCUGCCCAAGACCCUGACUGACAUGUACUCACACUUCCUGCUGGUUCAGACAAAGAGGAAGAAGAAGAAGUAUGAUGAAGGACAUGAGACGAGUCCACAGGAGCUGACAGAGGCUGACAGGAAACUUCUUCUGAAGCUGGGGAGGCUGGCGUUUGAACAACUGGAGAAAGGAAACAUCAUGUUCUACCAAGAAGACCUGGAGCAGUGUGGUCUUGAUGUCACAGAGGCCUCGGUGUUAUCAGGAUUUUGUACACAGAUCUUCAAAAGAGAGAAUGUGAUCUUCCAGAAAACAGUCUACAGCUUUGUUCAUCUGAGCGUUCAUGAGUUUCUGGCUGCAGUCUACAUGUACCACUGUUACACCAGCAGCAACACAGAGGUACUGAAGGACUUCCUGGUAGAAUCAAAACCAAAGUCUUUCUUCAAGAAGAUUUCAACUCAGUUCAGAAACAACGAUAGCCGUGACUCCUCCCUCAGAAACAACCCACCUGACAGUCAUUAUGAUUUCACAUCUCUGGAUGACUUCCUGAAGAAAGCCAUGCUGAAAUCUCUGGACAGUGAAAAUGGCCACCUGGACCUGUUUGUCCGCUUCCUUCAUGGCCUCUCUCUGGAGUCCAACCAGAGUCUCUUAGGAGGCCUGCUGGGUCAGACAGACAGCAGUCCAGAAACCAUCCAGAGAGUCAUCAAGAACCUGAAGAAGAUGAACAAGGAGGAUAUCUCUCCUGACAGAAGCAUCAACAUCUUCCACUGUCUGACGGAGAUGAACGACCGCUCAGUACAUCAGGAGAUCCAAAAGUUCCUGAAGUCAGAGAACAGAUCAGGGAAGAGACUCUCUGUGUUUGACUGCUCAGCUCUGGCCUACAUGCUGCAGAUGUCAGAGGAGGUUCUGGAUGAGUUUUACAUGUGGAGUUACAACACAUCAGAGGAGGGACGACAGAGACUGAUCCCAGCUGUGAGGAACUGCAGAAAGGCUCAACUUUAUGACUGUGGACUCUCAGAGACUCACUGUGAAGUUUUGGCCUCAGCUCUGAAGUCCAACCCUCAUCUGACAGAUCUGGACCUGAGUGGAAACUACCUGUCUGAUUCAGCAGUGAAGCGUCUGUCUGCUGGACUGAAGAGUCCAAACUGUAGACUGAAGGCUCUGAGACUUUCUGAAUGUGGACUCUCAGAGACUCACUGUGAAGUUUUGGCCUCAGCUCUGAAGUCCAACCCUCAUCUGACAGAUCUGGACCUGAGUAACAACAAGCUGUCUGAUUCAUCAGUGAAGCAUCUGUCUGCUGGACUGGAGAGUCCAAACUGUAGACUGAAGACUCUGAGGUGUAAUAUGGUCAGGUCAUUAGUUUCAUUAGUGUUUGUGAACAACUUUCUGACUGUGGACUCUCAGAGGCUCACUGUGAAGUUGGCCUCAGCUCUGAAGUCCAACCCUCAUCUGACAGAUCUGGACCUGAGUAACAACAAACUGUCUGAUUCAUCAGUGAAGCGUCUGUCUGCUGGACUGGAGAGUCCAAACUGUAGACUGGAGACUCUGGGGUCAAUUGAGGUGGUGCAGUUUGUCAGAGAUCAGCUGUGCUUAUCUUGCCUCAGCUCUGAAGUCCAACCCCUCCCAUCUGAGAGAGCUGGAUCUGAGACUUAACAACCUGAAGGAUUCAGAUGUGAAGCUGCUGUCUGAUCUUCAGCAGAGUCCAGACUGCAGACUGGAGAC